AGCUGCUGGGCGGAAGUGAAACCUUUGACUAGCUCACGAACAGGCUGUCUCACAACAAAGCAUCCAUAACCGAGGAAGACAGGGGGCAAUUCUCAAUCAUGGUACAGCUCUGAAGUGCCUUUUUAAGUUCACCAUGAAGCCGAGCUUGACACGGACUAGAAAGGGCUCGUCUGAGACAAAAGCAGCACUGUCCCUCCAGGAUGAGCUCGUCGCAGCGAUACACGGCGCGUUUGAGGUGGCUGUGGAGAUCACAGUACGAGAGGUUUCAAAGCUCGUCGAUCAGGUAACAGGCGACGUGUGUGACGAGAUGCGACGAGAAAAUGAGUCCCUCAAACAAAGACUGCAGGAAGCUGAAGCUAUGCUAGACUCAACCCGGCUUCUGAAGGCAACCAAACACACGGAUACACCCACUUGCUCAACAUACAAACAGGAAAGCCCAAAUCUCAGAGUGAGCGGGGUCAACCAUCAGCCUCCUGAGCCUCAUUAUGAACACUUCAGCAGGACAGAAGAGCAAAGGUCAGGUGUUGACGUAAAGAUGCAGCAAGUCAUUGAAUCUUCAGACGCAGAGAAACGCAAUGGGUGUCAUGGUGCUUGUGAUGUGUUUCCUGUUGUAGAAAUCAGAGAAGAGGCAUCCCGUGUGUGCAUGGAAAGACUGGAGAACAUUCACCAGACAUGCCGAGACUUAGAGGCUCAUGUCAGCGUCUCACCGCCGCUUCCCUGCAGGGGGGACAGGUCCACUUUAGGGCAGUUUAGAGUAAAGCAGGAGACGCCAGAAGAAGAAGAAGAAGAAGAAGAAGAAGAAGAAGAUGGUUCUGACUGCUUUUUAGACUCCAUAAAAGUGGAAGAUUUCAGCCCUGACUGUAUGUCAGCGGUCCAGUCCAAAAUGUUGGAGGAGUGGAAACCAGAAGUGCUGGAUGACCAGGGUCAAGACUCAGACACCCAGCCUGCUCAGGCGACUCCAAAUCUGACCCCCCACCUCCCACCAACCUUAGAACCUCCAUCCCUCUCCUCAGAGUUCCCGCACGUCUUCCAGCUGGAAGAGCCUUCCGCCAUCCAAGAAGCCUCUCAACAGGUUUAUGGAGUCCGCUUACGAACCAGCCGAAACCCCAGCAACCCCUACGCCUGCAAGUACUGCGGUCAGAUUUUCCAGCUGCCCAGCCUGCUCCGGAGGCACUACGGCCAGUGCCAUCUAAGGCUCCAGCAGUGUUUCCAGCAACCCGUAGCAGGAAACAAGAGGACCAGACUGCUCUACCCGCCGGGCUGCAGCCCCUUCCGCUGCACCGUGUGCAGCCGAGAGUUCAACCGCAUGGAAAACCUCAAGACUCACCUUCGCAUUCACACGGGAGAGAGGCCGUACACCUGCUCUGUGUGCUCCAAGUGCUUCCGUCACUCAGGGGCGUUAACCAGGCACUUCCGCAUUCACACCGGAGAGAAGCCUUACGUUUGUGGACAGUGUGGGAAGUCUUUCAGGAACCCUGGGGGGCUUAAAUUCCAUCAGCGUUCACACAACAAGUAGCUACAGCAAAGAGGGACUCAAUGGUUUAUGUUACAUGAAAGUAGCGGUAUCAUAUUUAAUAUAAUGCUCAAUAUGUUUUUAAACAGUUUUGUAGCGUUUGACUGACUGUAAACCCAAUAGCGGAUGUUAAUAUGUGAUACUGCGAAGGCUUUAUGAAUUUUACUUUCAAUCCUUUAUCCAGAUUAUGAGUCACUUUUAACGGGUUUUAAGUGUAGACCUCAGCAGACAAAGCGCAAAUCAUAGACUGGAUAUAAAUAUGGACAACAUGUCUCCAUCUCCUUCACUUUCAUAAAAAUGAAGCCAAAACACCCCCUUCAAAAGCGCUGACAUAUCGCAUUGGUGAUGUCAGUUGGAGCCAAUAACACGGGAUCUGGCUGGUGGAGCCGCAGAAUUAACACAUGGCCUUUUCCGCAAACCAAAGCACACGAUAAACUUAUUGCUAAAACAGCAAAGAUCCCUCACGUUGGUAAAGUCCACAGCAGAACAGAUUCUCGUGUCGGUUUGGAGCAAACACUCGUGGUAAUGGGAGGUUCGAUGACUUAGUUUUCUCUCACGUUCUUCUUCGACUCUGCUUAUCGCAUAAAGACCGCUGCAGGACCCUCAUUUGUCAACAGAGUCAUGAUGUCAUAUCCGGCUUUUUUCACGUCACAUAAAUUAAAACAAAACCGCUCAGAUGACCGAACGCUUGGACACAAAUCAAAGUAAGAGCUAACUGUGAUGACAGAAACCACGUUUGAUAAAAAUGUAUUGGAUGUUUAUUUUAAUGUUAAAGUUUGCCCCAUGUGUCAUCUGUUAACAUGGAGGAGGCGGGGUUUAUAACCUGUACUGAAGCCCGUCAACAGGGGGAGCUCCAAAUACUUUGGCUUCACUUCUCUCCCACUCUUGUGCUGCCCAAUCUUUAUACAGUCAAUAGUAUGAGUACCCUUAACUCUCUGUUUAGUAUAUAGAUGGUACAUGACACUUUGAUAUCAGAUUGUUAAGUCAUUCACGGCCAGCGUAUCAUGAUGUAACCUACAAUGAGUCUCUGGCUUCUUUAAACACUGCUAGGUCAAAGGAAACCGUCCAAUAACAAUAUCUCUCCACGUCUGACCAAGGAGAUAAAGAGUAUUUUUUUCCUGUCUGCUGUUACUAAAUCAAAUCAAAUUAUUAUUCAGUGUUGAUGUUUUAUGAAUCACUGUCCUCUCAUUAGUAGAAACUGAAAGUACAAAGUACAAAGUAUAGCUUUUUGACGGAGUGGAAACUGUUCAAUGCCAUAUUUUCAAGCAAGUCUUACAAUGGUUAUUACAGAAAAACACUUAUUUUCUUUUUUCUGGUGCAAAUGAUGUACCCAAGUAUGUUAUUUUGACUACAGUGUAUGGAAAAUCACUUAAUUUAUUUAAUAAAAUGUAUGAAAUUAUGAAAAU